GAGAAGAAAAUUACAUAUUUCUUAACUCCUUCCGCCCUUCCGGCGUUUUGGGCACCGCUCACUCUCGCGAAGGAAGUCCAGCGACUGAUCGGAGAACGAUCGAGCUUAUCGGUCAACAUGUCGCCCGCUCGUUGUUGUGGAGCUGCUGUGUUUCGCCACCUCCUUGGCUCGCAGUCAUCGUCCUUGGCUAAUAUUACCGACCCAUUCUUGUUUUCUGCCCAAGGUGUUAGGCACAGAAAGCUUGAGGUGAUCCUCACCACGACGAUCAACAAGUUGGGGAAAGCUGGGGAUACGGUGAAGGUGGCGCCAGGGCAUUUCCGCAACCAGCUGAUGCCUAAGCUGCUCGCUGUCCCAAACAUAGAGAAGUACGCUUUCCUCAUGCGGGAGCAACGCAAGCUUUAUCAACGGGAUGAAGUGGAAUUGGCAAAAGAAGCUCCAAUCACUGAGCAAGUCAAAGAGCAAGAGGAAACAUCAGAUAGCAAGGCAAUGCAAGAAAAAUUGAAGGAAUAUCAGGCAGCAGCAAGGCGUCUUGAUAAUGCUCGCCUUACCUUGUGGAGGUACAUUAAAGUUGACAAUGAGAUCCGAACACCUGUAACCAAGGAUGACAUUGUAGCUGAGGUUGCGAGGCAACUUGCUGUGAACAUCCAUCCUGACAACCUACACCUACCAUCCCAACUCUCAUCCCUGGGUGAACACGAAGUGCCCCUGCGCCUUCCCAGGGAAAUACCCCGCCCAGAAGGAAGGCUUCAAUGGACUUUAAAUAUCAAGAUUUGCCGGAAAUGAAUUCUUUUUGCAGCCUCCUUAAACAGACGAUUAGUAAGAAAUUCUCUAACUUGUUGCAGGACAACCAUGAACCUGCCAAGUAUUUCAUAAAUUUUGCAAUUUUUCAAUGUUUUAUUUAACUCAAGUGGGGUGAUUUUUCAUUCAAUUGCGAUGUAUGUUUAAUUCAAGAAAGAAUCCUUGAAUAUGCCAUCUA